AUGAUUGUAAAGUUUUUAAAUCAAUUUAAAUAUAAUUUAAAAUUAAAAAAAAAAUUUAUUUUUUAUAAAUUUAGUAAAAUUAUAUAUAGUAUUAUAAUUUUGUUAUAUAAUUAUAAUUAUGUAUUAAAAUUUUAUAUUUUUAAAAUUGAUAGUAAAUAUUUUAUUUUUAUUAUUUUAAAUAAAAAUAAAAAGAUAAAUUAUUUUAAAAUAUAUAUAAAAUAUAAUCAAAUAUUUUAUAUUAAUUAUAACAAAUUAAUAAAUUUUAUAAAAUUUUAUAGAUAUUUUAAAGGAUUAUUAAUUUUAUAUUCUUUUAAAUAUAAAUUUAUUACACAUUUAUUAUCUUUAAAGUAUAAAAGUGGGGGUAUUUUAAUAUUUUGUAUUUUUUAA